CCGACAUCUUGCCAGUCUUCAGACGGACUACGUCAGCAUGAUGGCUGCAACGGACUUCAGCAGCCUGGUGGAUUUGUCUGCCCCUGUGCCAAGUCGAAUCGAGCUCAGCGAAGUCUUCUACUUACAACUACUUCCAGCAAGUUUGGAAUGGUCUGUGCAGGCCAACCCCCAAGUCGAGUUUAGCAUCAGUGUAUCCACAAGUGCAACAGACAGAAUCAUUCUGGCCAGCUUUACUCCACCGAGUGUCGAAGUAUUUGAUUAUGCUGCAAUGAGUGUUGACGUAACUGCAUGGGAAUCGAACCUGGAUGCUGCGCUGUCCGAGGAACUUCAGUUGGGACAAUUCCAGGUGUCGCUAAGAGAGAUGCAGAGCCAAGAUGGAGUGCCGCUGGUCAGUCUUACAGCAACAGCCAAUGUGGAAGUGACUGAGGAGCGCUGGGUGUUGGUGUACCAGGAAGGUCCGGGCGUUACGCACACUGCGCUUCUUCUGUCGGAGUUGGUAAAUUUGGACAUAACCCAGGGUCUGACAGCGGUCUUGCCAGCGACACUUCAAGUCAGUUCCAUACGUGUGGCCUCCGAACUCUACUUCAGCCGACAUCUUGCCAGUCUUCAGACGGACUACGUCAGCAUGAUGGCUGCAACGGACUUCAGCAGCCUGGUGGAUUUGUCUGCCCCUGUGCCAAGUCGAAUCGAGCUCAGCGAAGUCUUCUACUUACAACUACUUCCAGCAAGUUUGGAAUGGUCUGUGCAGGCCAAUCCCCAAGUCGAGUUUAGCAUCAGUGUAUCCACAAGUGCAACAGACAGAAUCAUUCUGGCCAGCUUUACUCCACCGAGUGUCGAAGUAUUUGAUUAUCCGGCAAUGAGUGUUGACGUAACUGCAUGGGAAACGAACCUGGAUGCUGCGCUGUCCGAGGAACUUCAGCUGGGACAAUUCCAGGUGUCGCUAAGAGAGAUGCAGAGCCAAGACGGAGUGCCGCUGGUCAGUCUUACAGCAACAGCCAAUGUGGAAGUGACUGAGGAGCGCUGGGUGUUGGUGUACCAGGAAGGUCCGGGCGUUACGCACACUGCGCUUCUUCUGUUGGAGUUGGUAAAUUUGGACAUAACCCAGGGUCUGACAGGGGUCUUGCCAGCGACACUUCAAGUCAGUUCCAUACGUGUGGUCUCCCAACUCUACUUCAGCCGACAUCUUGGCAGUCUUCAGACGGACUACGUCAGCAUGAUGGCUGCAACGGACUUCAGCAGCCUGGUGGAUUUGUCUGCCCCUGUGCCAAGUCGAAUCGAGCUGAGCGAAGUCUUCUACUUACAACUACUUCCAGCAAGUUUGGAAUGGUCUGUGCAGGCCAACCCCCAAGUCGAGUUUAGCAUCAGUAUAUCCACAAGUGCAACUGACAGAAUCAUUCUGGUCAGCUUUACUCCACCGAAUGUCGAAGUAUUUGAUUAUCCGGCAAUGAGUGUUGACGUAACUGCAUGGGAAACGAACCUGGAUGCUGCGCUGUCCGAGGAACUUCAGCUGGGACAAUUCCAGGUGUCGCUAAGAGAGAUGCAGAGCCAAGAUGGAGUGCCGCUGGUCAGUCUUACAGCAACAGCCAAUGUGGAAGUGACCGAGGAGCGCUGGGUGUUGGUGUACCAGGAAGGUCCGGGCGUUACGCAAACCGGGCUUCUUCUGUCGGAGUUGGUAAAUCUGGACAUAACCCAGGGUCUGACAGGGGUCUUGCCUGCGACACUUCAAGUCAGUUCCAUACGCGUGGCCUCCGAUCUCUACUUCAGCCGACAUCUUGGCAGUCUUCAGACGGACUACGUCAGCAUGAUGGCUGCAACGGACUUCAGCAGCCUGGUGGAUUUGUCUGCCCCUGUGCCAAGUCGAAUCGAGCUGAGCGAAGUUUUCUACUUACAACUACUUCCAGCAAGUUUGGAAUGGUCUGUGCAGGCCAACCCCCAAGUCGAGUUUAGCAUCAGUAUAUCCACAAGUGUAACAGACAGAAUCAUUCUGGCCAGCUUUACUCCACCGAGUGUCGAAGUAUUUGAUUAUCCGGCAAUGAGUGUUGACGUAACUGCAUGGGAAACAAACCUGGAUGCUGCGCUGUCCGAGGAACUUCAGCUGGGACAAUUCCAGGUGUCGCUAAGAGAGAUGCAGAGCCAAGACGCAGUGCCGCUGGUCAGUCUUACAGCAACAGCCAAUGUGGAAGUGACUGAGGAGCGCUGGGUGUUGGUGUACCAGGAAGGUCCGGGCGUUACGCACACUGGGCUUCUUUUGUCGGAGUUGGUAAAUUUGGACAUAACCCAGGGUCUGACAGGGGUCUUGCCAGCGACACUUCAAGUCAGUUCCAUACGCGUGGCCUCCGAACUCUACUUCAGCCGACAUCUUGCCAGUCUUCAGACGGACUACGUCAGCAUGAUGGCUGCAACGGACUUCAGCAGCCUGGUGGAUUCGUCUGCCCCUGUGCCAAGUCGAAUUGAGCUCAGCGAAGUCUUCUACUUACAACUACUUCCAGCAAGUUUGGAAUGGUCUGUGCAGGCCAACCCCCAAGUCGAGUUUAGCAUCAGUGUAUCCACAAGUGCAACAGACAGAAUCAUUCUGGCCAGCUUUACUCCACCGAGUGUCGAAGUGUUUGAUUAUGCUGCAAUGAAUGUUGACGUAACUGCCUGGGAAUCGAACCUGGAUGCUGCGCUGUCCGAGGAACUUCAGCUGGGACAAUUCAAAGUGUCUCUAGGAGAGAUGCAGAGCCAAGACGGAGUGCCGCUGGUCAGUCUUACAGCAACAGCCAAUGUGGAAGUGGCUGAGGAGCGCUGGGUGUUGGUGUACCAGGAAGGUCCGGGCGUUACGUAUACAGGGAUAUUGCUGCCACAGUUGGAGACCCUUGCUAUAACGGAAGGUCUAUUAGGUGCGUAUGCUGCAAUUCGUAGUUAG